AUGCCACAAACAGUUAUCCUUGCGUUAGGAUACCUUACGUUCCCUCUUUUUGUAAGAAAGACAGUCAAAUGCACUGACGAAAAGGAGAAUGCUCUCGAUGAAGCUACAACAGCUGCUACUGACGUUGAUCAACACUCUAAAGUGAGCGCUCCACGCUGGUCACUUGGCAGUAUUAUCAGCAUUACUAGCUUUUUAAAAGAUCCCCUCAGCCAAUACCCGACUCUGGAAAAGCAUGUCUUACAAUUAGCAUCGGAUGCUUACCCACAUGAACGAGAGACAUCGUUCUUAUUGUCUAAAGCGAUGAAUAAAAUCAGCAAUGAAAUGGAUAAUAAAAAAUCGAUUUCUGCCCUCAUCAUUCUGAAAGACGAUUGUUGGGGUAUCUUUUCCGUUACGGAAGAACCGGAUAUUUAUACACUACAGGUGAUACAGCCUCCCGCUGAUGAAGCACGUUUAUUACUUGAAAGCAACCCUAUCGGCCUGAACAACCUUUCUGCACCUCCCUCGGCCGUUGCUGAUCUCAAUAAUAAUACGAGUGAUAGUAGUAAUGAUGGUUAUCCAGAACAACUGACAAAGUCGUUUGUACUGGAUGAAGACCAGCUUGUAAAGCCUGCAGAAAUGAUGCGAUUGUGCCAGCUUGGACCCCCGUCACAGCCUCAACUGAUCCAGUUAGCCGGACAAGUAUAUGAUAUUGCAACUCUCUAUGGAUAUUGGGGUUAUUGGCGCGUGUUUGAAGGCAUUUGUAACAAUUAUCAACUAAAUGCCAGUCAAUUAGUCAAUUUAUACCAUCAGCAGCAAUUACCGAAAUGA